CAGAGCAGCCUCUUAUAUAUGGCUUCCUCUAUCUUCUGAGCAUUCGAUUCUUCGUGCUCUCCUGCAAACACAAAUUUGUUGCUUGAGGUCAAAUUUGUGUCCACGGCUUGACGAUUUUGUUUUACCAACGAAAGAAUGGAUCAACACGAUGACUGUCAAAGGCACAUCUGGACCAAGAAAACGGUGGAUCAGCUCGUAGCCACACCUUGCGAGACGAUUCAACUAUGCUCUUCGCAGGGCUCAAUACAAACUAUCAACAAGGAACUUCUGUGCUACUUCUCCAAGUACUAUCGUGCCGCUCUGAACGGUCGAUUCGCUGAGGCUCACCAACAACUAUUCAACGUUGAUCUUUCAGGACAGCAACUCAGAGUGUUCACAGCUUGGAUCUACACAGGCCAGCUCGAACUUCUGAAAUGGAACCGCGAAGAUCGUCUGAUGCUUUACGUGUUCGCCGACUUCGCAGAGAUUCUCGCACUUCGUCGCCAGAUCAUGACCGAGGAAGGAAGAAUGGAGAGAUACAAAGAAGUGGGUCUGGCAAUCACCCACCUCCCAGAUAACUCUCCAUAUCGCAGGCGAAUCGUCGAUCACUACGCCCGCCACUGGAAGACCGCAGAUGAUCGGUACGACGGUUGGCAUCCGAAAGAUGACGCUAUAUACCGAGGUUUCUGGUACCAGGUGUGGGAUGUCCAAGCCCAAGAAGGAUGGUUCAAACAACCCAAAUGUCCUUGCUGUCGCAACCCGUGCAACUAUCACGAACACGUGAACGAAGAGGAAUGGGAAGCAACUUGCGGACAGCUGGCAAGAUCGAAAAAGCCAGAGGAAAAGUUCUUCCUCCGCAGUGAUCAUUAGGUCAGGAGGAACGGCGAACAAGAAAGAAGGCGAUCAAAGUAGGCCAAUUUGCAUACCGCAACUCUCCCUGCAACUACAAUGAGCACAAGACUAUGAAAGAAUGGCAAGGCACUUGCGGAAUUUCAA